AUGCACCCUGCUUUAGAUGUCUAUGACAUCCAAAGAUUGAUUGCGCUUGAUGGCAGCCUCCAAUCCUCCGAUUUGUACCAUCUCGCCCUGGUUUCCCGCUCCUGGCAGGAUGUCGCGGAUCCAAUCCUAUGGGAAGAGCUGCCGAGCAUUACUCCUCUGCUCAAGCUGAUGCCGAAAGAUGUUUGGACAUACGAAACCCGCUUCAAGUUUUGGGUUACAUUCGAUGUUAUCGUAUCCGCUCGCAAAAUACGACUCGAGGACUGGGAUCCGAUCUCGCGCAAACUAAGGAACCUGCGUACCCUUCGCGUACACCCGGAUUGCGAACGCGAGGACUGGGCGUCCAUCGAUCUGGCCAUCUUGGAGUGCCCGCCUCCGGCAGGCUUCCUGGCUCUGCUUAGGAACUUAAGCGUAUCGUGCACGUGCUGCGACGGUCAUGGCAUUGACUGCUGGCUAGAAUACAAGAUGCGGCCCAACUUCCUCGCCAUCCUCUUCGCGCAGCCCCAGCUUCGUGCGAUCCGCAUCGAGAAUAUAUACGACCGCCUCGUCCCACGUCUUCCCUCCAUGAUUCUUGCGUGUGAUAACCCGGUCUCGCUGGACAUCGACGGUGGUUAUCUGGGCGAGGCGAAUCGUAUCUAUAAUGAAUUUCUAAUAGAGGCCAUGCUCAGCGUUGACUCGCGGUUGGCGGACCUGUCUCUGCAUAUCAACAUCUCGCACCCCGCGAGCGCGGACGUGUUAGCUCAGAUAUCGCGCCUCCGAUCCCUCACAGACCUCGACAUCUCUCUCACAUACUCCACCAUGGACAAUUUGGCUCUCGCAGCGCGAUGCUUCCCAUCUCUGCGUAGACUCAAAAUCAAGGACGGGCCUCCCCGAUUGAUCGUCCAGAUCCUACGCGCCGUGCCUACGCGGCAGAUGGAGUACCUCGACUGCCACAUCUACUACAUCUCCGCGCGCGAGAUAGAGGAGCUCUGCGAGACCAUGCAUGAUCACUGCGACCACGAUACGCUGCGCUCUUUCAAGCUGAUUGGGUGGCUGGAGGACGAUGUAGCGGAGAUGCGGGUGAUCCAGGCGCUGGCGGCCUUCACGCGUCUCGAGCACCUCCGUGUUCUGGAAGAACGGGUCGAUAUCACCGAGUUCAUGUCGGCGGCGGCCAAUCCAGAUGAUGAGUACUGGUCUCGAGAGUUGAAGGAACGCUGA